CUCUUCUUCCCCUCCCCCAUCGUCUCAUCGCCGCACCGCCGCGUCGUCGUCGCACCACCCCUAAAAACACCCGCAUCGUGUCCACCGAUCUCGCUCAUCCGUCUAUCGAUCCAUCUAGCCAUGUCGAACAACGUCCCCAUCAACUCCCAGGGAGGCUCAGACCUCACCGCGCCCACCCCGCAGAACACCCCGCUCAACCAGGCCCCGAUCGCACAGGGCCUCUCGCGCCCCACCGUGCCUGACAUCUCCGAGGACGCGGAGGAGGAAGGCGACGUCGAGGGCAUCAACGCCCCCGGCGUGCAGCAAGCCAUGCUCGGCCUCGUCCAGGGCCGCCUCGCGGAUCUCGUCGGCAAGAGCUCGGGGUACAUCGAGAGUCUGCCGGUGGAGGUCAAGAAGAGCGUCGAGGCCCUCAAGGGCGUGCAGGUCAAGCAGACGGACCUGCAGAACCAGUUUAAGCGCGAGUGUCUGGAGCUGGAGAAGAAGUACCUCGAGCUGCAAAAGCCGCUGUACGAGCGCCGAAACGCGAUCAUCUCCGGCAGCUCCACCGCCACCGCCGACGAGAUCGAAGCUGGCGAAGCCCAGUCGCUCAAGGACGACCCGGAUUACACAUCCCUGCCCAAGGACAACGGCUCGCCCGCGCCCAUCCCCGAGUUCUGGCUCACCGCGCUGCGGAACCACGUCGGGCUCGCGGACCUGAUCACGGAGCGCGACGCGGGCGCGCUCAAGCACCUGCUCGACGUCCGCCUGUCGUAUCUGGGCGCGGAGGACCCAAAGCCGGGGUUCAAGCUGACGUUUGUAUUUGAGAAGAACGAGUUCUUUGAUAACGAGGUGCUCGAGAAGACGUAUAUGUACCAGGAGGAGGUGGGGUACUCGGGCGAUUUUGUGUACGAUCGUGCGAUCGGGACGGAGAUCAAGUGGAAGGACGAUAAGGAUCUAACGAAGGAGUUUGAGAUUAAGAAGCAGAGGAAUAAGAACACGAACCGGACGCGGUUGGUGAGGAAGGCACGACCGGCAGAGUCGUUCUUCAACUUCUUCUACCCGCCGACGCCGCCGAGCGAGGAUGCGAUUGAGAAUGGCGAUAUUGAUGAAGAUGAUCUCGAGGAGAUUGAGAACAAGCUCGAGAUGGAUUAUCAGAUCGGCGAGGACCUCAAGGAGAAGAUCAUCCCCAGAGCAGUCGACUACUUUACGGGCAAGGCGCUCGAGUACGACAUGCUGGAGGAGGAAGACGACGAGUUUGACGAGAUCGAGGAAGAGGACGACGACGACGACGGGUUCGAGGACGAGGUAUGAGCUGCUUGUUCUCCUAGUACGCCCCUGGCGACACUUUUGUUGGGGGAUAUGUGCUAAUUGACUGCUUCUCUUUUUCCCUUCUUUUCUCACCCGCUCGCAUCUGCCUUUGGCGGCGGUGGCGGGGUUACAGGACUCGGAGGAAGAGCUGCCGAGGAGGCGGGGUCCGCCAAAAGGGCGUGGUGGUGGCGCGGGUGCGGUGAACCCCGAGGAGUGCAAGCAGCAGUAGACGGAUGGCGGUGACGGUUGAGAUCGACGAAGACGAGGUCGUCCCGACUAUAUCUGUUUUCUCCUUGUGAUACGGUGUAUCGUGCUCAUCUAAGAACUGGUGUUUCUCCCUCUUCCUACUUCCUCCCUUGCCGUUUCUUGACGCUUCUCUUCUCCUCUACUCCGUUUCAAACCUUUCGCUUAUGCUCACUUGACGCAAUUCUGGGGCUGGGGUGUUAUCGUGAUCGCACAGUGCCGUUGGCCGUUUUGUUGUUUGUUUGUUCCCAAAAAUCCCAUGUAUCGGAGAAGAGAUGAGUCGAGAUUUAGCCUCCCCUCUUAAGUUGAUAGGUUUCUGCAUGUUUUGAACGGUUUUGUGUGUCGUGUACUUUACGAGUACAUAAUAAUCGAGAUAUGUGUUGAAGGUGCC